AUGGCUGCUCGUGCUGCUGCUGCUGCAGUCGAUCUGGCCAAGAUCUCCAACCUGGGUCUUGGCAAGCAAACGCUCGCUCAGAUCUCGGCUUUCCGUAAGCGUGCCGACGAUGCUAAGCGUCAACUUGCUCAGCUCAAGCAACAGAACACCGACGUUGAUUUCGCCCACUACAACAAGGUGCUUCGCAACAAGGAUGUCGUCUCUCAGGCUCAGAAGAUCUUGAGCGAGUUCAAGCCUGUUACUUUUGAUGUUAAGGCUCAGCUGAAGGCUAUUGAUGCUUUCGAGGCCAAGGCUGUCGAACAAGCCCAAGCCUCAUCGUCCAAGAUCGAAGCCGAACUCAAAGACCUCAAAUCCACCCUUCAGAACAUCCAAGAUGCUCGCUCCUUCGACCAGCUUACUGUCGACGACGUUGUUGCCGCUCGUCCCGAGAUCGGUCGCACGGUCGAUGAGAUGGUUAAGAAGGGUAAAUGGACUACUCCCGGUUACGAUGAGAAGUUCGGAAACCUUUCGGCUCUCUAA